AGAUGAAGUUGCGCACCCUCUUCACAAACACGUAGUUUGCAGAUCAGAUUCUGAACGCAUGCAACGAAAAGAGCGCAGGAGAACAAGAGCAGUAGGGAUUUUAGAAAUGAGAUAGUGUGUUAAUGCAUGGGGAAAGUGAGGUCGAGAGAGAGAGAGAAAUUAUUUCCUUCUGCCCUUGAGCGCGUAGGACAAAACUGAUAUCGUAAAAAGUAGGGGAACAUGAACAGACGCAAUGCCAUUCCUGAAAAAGUAAUGAAAUAUGAUAUAUUUAGAAGUAAUCUAUUGCGCGUACGGGAUGUAGUCGGUAUCAUCAUAACAACGCACUGCUUUCCUCAAAAGUAUCAAACAGAAGAGAAACAAACAGAAGGGGAGAGCAUCUCAUCUAAUCCUCUUACUGAAGGGAAUACAGUUAAAUACAGUGACGUUAAGCUUCUUUUUAACGACGAACCAAGGUGCAACGGCAGGCUUCAGAAUGCUGACAACACUUUUGCAAAGGGAUGCACCCAUGGCAGAAUAUGAACAUGCCUACCUUCUCGGAGCAAUUUGCCAAAAAUGGAGCAUGUAAACCCAUCAUUUGAAUGACAUUAAACUCAACAAAAUCUCAUCAAGAGGGAGCUUCUGAGUGGACCGCGGGAAUAUUCUAAAUGGUAUAGGCUACUCAUGGACAUGCGACUGCUUUUACUGUGACUUGCCUGGAGUGCCAAAGGUGUUUGAUCUGAGCAAGAUUUGCAUGUCACCAAUAUCAAAAACAACAGGCUCCUUUUAAAGUGCAACUAACUAUACUUUAAAGGAAUGCUUUCAUUGAUGUAAUUUCAAUGUAGGACAACACAUAUUUCGAAACUGAAGUACAUGUAGCUUAUUUGGGAAGGCAUAGGCCUAGAUUUGUAUAGACACCCAGCAGAGUUAAGUUGUAUCCUACAAGCGGCAGGUGUCUCAACAUGAAAACAAAACGGAUUCGAAGCUGAUCCUCUCUGUGUGUGGACCGACGGUGGCACAUCUUGCCUCCCUCCGGACACUCGGUCUUGGACGAUGGAUGUGGUCUCUACGAGUGCCAUGCUCUCACAGGUGGUCUUUCUUCUGCACUUUGUGACUUUGACACUUGGCCAGUAUGACAUAUGCAAGAGUCUGGUUAGUAUGGAUAAUGGACAGACAUGGGAGUUUUACGCAUGCCAGCCCAAACCCACAGCUAUGAAGGAGUUCAUGCAAAUUACGGUGGAUCCCCUUGGCAUCACUUGCGGCAAUCCCCCGGAGAGGUUCUGUACUCUGGAGAACCCGUACCUGUGUAGUGACGAAUGUGACGCCUCCAACCCGGACCUGGCUCACCCUCCCCAGCUGAUGCAGGACCGUGAGAGCAGUGGCCUCAUCACCUACUGGCAGACGGUGACGUGGAGCCGCUACCCGGAACCCCUGCUGGCCAACAUCUCUCUGGCCUGGAACAAGAGCUUGGAGCUGACCGAUGACAUCCAGGUCACUUUCGAGUAUGGCCGCCCCACCAUCAUGGUGCUGGACAAGUCCCUGGACAAAGGGCGCACCUGGCAGCCCUACCAGUUCUACGCCGACGACUGCAUGGACGCCUUCGACAUGCCCGCCAAGCGGGUGCAGGACCUGUCGGCGACAAACGUGACUCGGGUCAUCUGUACCGAGCAGUACUCUCGCUGGGUGGGCUCCAAGAACGAGAAGGUGCUGCGCUUCGAGGUGAUGGCGCGCUUUGCUAUCUUCGCAGGGCCCAAGCUGCUCAAUAUGGACAGCCUGUACACACGCAUGGAGAGUAUGAAAGGCCUGAGGGACUUCUUCACCUUCACCAACCUGAGACUGAGGCUGCUGAAGCCGGCCUUGGGGGGAACCUACGUCCAGAGAGACAACCUCCUCAAAUACUUCUACGCCAUCUCCAACAUAGAUGUACCAGCCAGGUGUAAGUGUAACCUCCAUGCUGGCCAGUGCACCUUUCGGGAGGGCAGCCUGCAGUGUGACUGUGAGCACAAUACGACGGGCCAGGACUGCACUCGCUGUGAGAGGGGCUUCAAAGCCAAGUCAUGGAAACCUGGAUCCUACCUACCCACCCCCAACGGAUCCCCCAAUACCUGUGAGGCUGCUGGGACUCUUGGCAACUGUGAGUGCUAUGGCCACUCGAACCGCUGCAGUUAUAUUGACUUUAUCAACAUCGUGACUUGUGUCAGCUGCAAACACAACACUAGGGGGCAGAACUGUCAGCACUGUCGACUGGGAUACUUCCGGAAUAUCUCUGCCGAGCUGGACGAUGACAACGUUUGUAUAGAGUGUAACUGUAACCAGCUGGGGUCCUUCCACGCCCGCUGCAACGAGACAGGGUACUGCCAGUGUAGGGAUGGCUCCACUGGGACAAAGUGCGAGGACUGCCUGCCUGGAUACAGCUGGAGACAAGGCUGCUCCCCCAACGUCUGUGACGACGACAUGCUGCUGUGCCAGAAUGGAGGCACCUGCUUCCAGAACCAGAAGUGUCUGUGUCUGCCAGAGUACAAGGGCCUGCUGUGUGAGCAGCUGCUCUGUGAGGGAGAGAGGGGCUGCAGCGGUGCCUCUGCCUCCUACCUCAGCCUGGUUGCCAUGCUGAGUUGCCUUCUAGCCAACGCCCUGCUUAGACAAGUCACUGCUUGCUGAGCUACACCCGGGACAGCUGGAGUACACCUGGCUACAUUUUUGGGAUCCGCCAUUCGCAGUGCUUAGCUCAGUCUAACUGUGCUGUUGCAUUCUGGGAGAGUGUUUGAGGGCUCCAGCCCCCCUGUCACCUUCGCCACGAUGAGACAGAGAGAGUUCCUCUCUCUCUAUGAAUGCCAGUGAUGAAAGAACUUAUACCAAAAAAACUAAAUCACUAUCUUAGAAAAGUUUAGAGCGAAUUGUAUUGUCGUACAUCUAAGUUUGUUCUCACUGAAAUACUGCACUUACCCAACUUGCUUUCUGAACAGAGAUGGCUGUAAUCACUGCUGAGGCCUACUAAUGCCAAGUUUAUCUUACUCUCAAAUUCACGUUUCCUUACUUUGCUGCAUAGUUUAUUUGUUUCCUGGAACAAUCAUUGAACUGAAAAGUGGAGAAAAAGUAAACUUUUUUUUUUUUUUACCAGAGUUGAUGUUUCAGUAGCUUGUGGUGGAGAAUCAAUUGUCGCAUGGAAAUCAUGAAGCAAAGAGAGAGAGUAUAACCUAUCCAAAUCAAACAAAUCUAUGUAUGAAUAUUUUUUUGUAGAAAUUGUUAUUUUUGUUCCAAGUAAACGUUAUCAUUCUGAAGAAAAUGACCCAUGAUGAGCUUUUUAUUAUUGUAAAAAUUCCUGAGAAUGUGACUGUUAGAUGAUGUUCCUGAUGCCAUUGCAGGAAUAAAGCCUGAAGGUCUGAAAGUUGUAGAAUUCAGUCCAAGGUUUUAUCCAACACACACACACACACACACUUGCGCUCUCUCUAAUAGGUGAAUAUAAUACUUCUGGAGGAACACAUUUCUGGAACCUAGCUUUAGAUAUUUAUUUUUACUUGUUAUUACAUUACACGUUGAGAUCACAAACGAGCAUUAUCACGUAUGUCUCUAACAAAACAUGUACAAUGCUAGAGCUACAAUAAGGUGAUUGAUUUAGGUCACACAAUAUGAAACCAUGACAUUGAUACUACAGUAUUAUGAUAUGAAACCAUGACAUUGAUACUACAGUAUUAUGAUUUUCUAUGUAUCCUUAUCCUGAGCAUCAGAAACCUGGUAUGCAAGGGAUAUCAUAUCUGGAUAUGUGUCAUAAAAUUCUGUUUUGAAUCUGUGCAUAUGAAAUGUGAGAGCCCAUAUCCAAAAUUAACAAGAUCCCAGCUCUGGAUUUUAGCAGCCAAUGAUUUGUUGGAUGACAGUUGUAAAGAACAAAAUAAGAUUGAGACACUACAAAUCCUCAAUGGAAGAAGAGCACCGCUGUCACGCCUUGGUCUUAGUAUUUUGUGUUUUCUUUAAUUAUUUGUUCAGGCCAGGGUGUGACAUGGGUUUGUGUGUUGUGUUUCGUAUUGGGGUUUGUAGUAUUUGGGAUCGCGGCUGAUUAGGGGUGUUGUAUAGGCUUGGCUGCCUGAGGCGGUUCUCAAUCAGCAGUCAGGUGCUUCUCGUUGCCUCUGAUUGGGAACCGUAUUUAGGUAGCCUGAGUUCGCUUUGUCUUUCGUGGGUGAUUGUUCCUGUCUCUGUGUAGUGUUCACCAGAUAGGCUGUAAUAGGUUUCUCGUUCCGUUUGUUGUUUUCGUAUUUAUUUAUUUAUUUAUUUCAUGUAUCGCCGUUUUCUUUAUUAAAGAUCAUGAUUAACCACCA